AUGGCUGAGAAUACAGAGGAGGAAGCAGUUGUAGUGAAGAGCGAUGAAAGUGAUACUCAACCAACGAGUCAAACUGUGAAGAUGACUGUGGAAGAUUUUGAAGAAAUGUUCAAAGAUAGGUAUACAAAGGAAUGUCCGACGUAUGCGAAGAUAAUGGAAGGCUUUGAGCCGGCUGUAGUUGUUCAUCCAUGGAACACAUUCCCAAAAAGGGUAUUUGAUCAUUCCAAUCAACGGGGUGGUAGAGGCGGAAGAUUUAAUCGUGAUCGUGGUGGCCAUUUCCACAACAGAGGUCGACGUGACGACCGUGGUGGUCGUGGUAGAAAUGAUAGACCUUACCAUCAAAACCGAGAUGACCGGAGUCAUUACAACAGGGAUGACAGAUCAAACUAUCAUAACAGAAGAGAUCGCUAUAACGACGAAAACAGAAGAGGAGGAUAUGAUGGCGGUAGCCAUAGAGGUGGAUUUGAUGGUGCCGGCUACAGAGGAGGCUUUGAUGGUGGUCACAGAGGAGGAUAUGAUGGUGGUGGUCACCGAGGAGGCUUUGAUGGUGGCCAUCGAGGAGGCUUCGAAGGUGGUCAUCGAGGAGGAUAUGAUGGUGGUAGCCACCGAGGAGGAUUUGAUCACGGUAGCCAUAGAGGAGGAUAUGAUGGUGGUGGUCACCGAGGAGGAUUUGAUGCCGGUAACCACAGAGGAGGAUUUGAUGGUGGUAGUCACCGUGGUGGAUUUGAUGCCGGUAACCACCGUGGUGGAUUUGAUGCCGGUAACCACAGAGGAGGCUUUGAUGGUGGUGGUUAUCGAGGAGGAUUCGACGGCAGCAGCCACCGAGGAGGAGGAUUUGAAGGCGGUAGCAACCGAGGAGGAAACCAAUUUCACGGCAACAGAAAUACAUACUACCCUGGUCGGUCUUAA